UUCUGAUUAGUUCUCAGCGACACGAACUCUAACCCAAUAUACAAUCCAAAUAUUUACCGACGCCCUGCAAAUGUAUACCUGUGUAAAAACUACACGGAUGCGUGCAGGUGUGCCGCUCUUCACACCCGGAAGCGGAGUGUAUGUGUGUGUAUGUGUUUGUGUAUGUGUGUGUGGUAACACGUCAGUUUGGAUGAACUCAUGAGUGAAGCAGGCCGAGAAGUUUUACCGCAAAUACACACUGGAUUUUUCCUUAGUCUGGAUAUUGGUUGCUUUUUAUAGCUGUCUGUUGCGUUUAUUGAUACAUGAUCGGCGCGAGAGGACGCUUGGUUGACUCGCAGUGAGUCGUUAAAGGAGUUUUGACCAGAAGAGCCUGCUGCUGCUGCUGCUGCUGGAAAAUGCCGCUGUUUCCAUGGAGUCUACUGGUUGUCGUGCUGGUUUUGCCAGCUGUGCAUGCAGAUGAGGAAAAUUCUUUAACGCUCGUAGGAUGGCAGGACGUCUGGAUCUUCCGUUUGUUUCUCAAUGUUUUGGGAUACGCCACCAUCAUCGUUCCAGGAUAUUUACUGUUCAGUUACUUUAAAAGAGUCAACUAUCUAGAGACAGGCCGAGGUCUUUGUUAUCCUGUUAUAAAGACGUGUGUGUUUGGAAACGAGUCUAAAGCCGGACUGUUGGACGAUGCUUCGGCGACACCUAGAAAUGAGUCUGAAUCCAGCUCAACAGUUCGACAGGCCUUCAAACUCAUCUUCUGCGCUGCGGGGCUCCAGGUGUCGUAUUUGACAUGGGGCGUUCUUCAGGAGCGGGUGAUGACGCGUUCGUACGGCGCGGAGGGCAGCGGCGAGCGCUUCAAAGACUCUCAGUUUCUGGUCUUCAUGAACCGGAUCCUGGCGCUGACGGUGGGCGGUUUGUGUUGCGUUGUGUUCAAGCAGCCCCGUCACGCCGCACCCAUGUACAAAUACUCCUUCGCUUCUCUUUCCAACAUCCUGAGCAGCUGGUGCCAAUAUGAAGCGCUGAAAUACAUCAGCUUUCCUACGCAGGUUCUGGCCAAAGCAUCUAAGGUGAUACCCGUGAUGCUGAUGGGCAAGAUCGUCUCGCACAAGAGCUACGAGUAUUGGGAAUACUUCACCGCCAUGCUCAUCUCCGUCGGCGUCAGCAUGUUCCUUCUCUCCAGCUCCACCAGCAAACACCUGUCCACCGUCACGACCUUCUCCGGCGUCAUUAUCCUGGCGGGAUACAUCGUAUUCGACAGUUUCACAUCCAACUGGCAGGACAACCUCUUCAAAUACAAGAUGUCCUCCGUGCAGAUGAUGUUCGGGGUAAAUCUCUUCUCCUGUCUCUUCACGGUCGGCUCUCUCCUGGAGCAGGGCGCCUUCUUCGACUCGCUGGCGUUCAUGACGCGUCACUCCGAGUUCGCGUUUCACGCCGUGCUGCUGUCCAUCUGCUCGGCGUGCGGUCAGCUCUUCAUCUUCUACACGAUCGGGCAGUUCGGAGCGGCCGUCUUCACCAUCAUCAUGACCCUGCGGCAGGCUUUCGCCAUUCUUUUGUCCUGCUUCAUCUACGGUCACGCCAUCACGCUGGUGGGCGCCUUCGGCGUGGCCGUGGUCUUCGUCGCUCUCUUCCUGCGCGUCUACGCACGCAGUCGCAUGAAGAAGGCCGGCAAACGACUACCGCAAACUCUGGUGCAGAAAGUUUAGUCGCACGGACAUGAGGCCACAUUUUCGUGGUUUGUUUUUCUUUGGUUUGCUCCAGAACUUUCUGACUUUGUGGUCAAAGGGUACACAAAGGGAUUACUCUUUAUUUUUAAGGGAUUUGACGGUUGUGUCGGUGAAAGUUGCGUACGAGUUGUGUUUGCGUGUACUGGAUGUGUCUGAGCCGAGCGUAUACGGGCUGAGAUGGCGUGAUCGAUCGCUGAGCCCUCUAUAUUUGUAAUUUGGUACUAAAUUAAAUACGGUAAACCUCUCGCAUUGAGUUUUUCUAUUUGAACUUUGUUGGAUUUUUGUGGGGAGGAUGAAGUUUGGCUUGGGUUGAGAUGUCUUAGGAGUGUCACAUGUAAAGUUAAACCCCUGCUUUUGUUCCUAACAUUUAAUAUCUCUAGUAUUGUCAAGGACAUUAUUAAGGACAAUGGGUCUAAUUCAUCAAGCAUGCAUAUGCACAAAUUUGUUCGUGAAAUGUGCAUUUGGACGUAACAAAUCAUGAUUAAACAAAAACGUUCAUACUAAAAUUUAUUUUAAAUGUAUGCAAAAACGUAAGAAUCAAAAUCUAAUCAUGCUAUCAUUUCAAAUAAAUUUUAGUAUGAAAGUCUUUGUUGAAUCAAGAUUUGUUCGGAUGCACAAUUUGUGCGUACGCAUGCUUAGUGAAUGAAACCCAUUGUUAUUAUCUAUUAGGUUUAAUGUUUAGUUUUGUCUCCCCAUCAUGCGUGUGAGUGUUAUGAUUCAAACAUGAAGUUUUACAGGUUACACAGUGAAUAUUAAACCAUCAGUGCCUGUCUGAUCUGAUCUGAGCAACGGAUCCUUUAUAGUAAUAUUGUUACAGUAAAAAUGUGUGCGCUUAUGUGAGAGAUUUCUUUGCAACGAAAUGUCCAGGUCAUGAAACAAAAGAGAAAAAUAUACAUUUUGCAUGAAUGAUGAAGCAUAUUUUUAGGACUUUUUAGGAAAAUUGUUUCAGUAUUUUCAUGACAAUGUAUCAUGGUUUCAUUCUUGUAUUAUAUUACUGUAAAGCAGCAAUAAACGUAUCUGUACAUUUUAUUGAAAAAAAAGUCAUAAUGAAACCAGACGUGCUUUACAAUUUAAACAAGAUGAUAAAAAUGCUGGAUUAUUUUAAACCCAGCGUUGAGUCACAAAGGGAUAAACCCAUCCAAUUGGGUUGUAAUUUAACCCAUUGUUGGGUCAAAAACUUUUUAGGAUUAAUUUAACACAGUGGCUGGGUUUUAUCCCUUUUGACCCAACGCUGCACUGUAAAAAAAUUGCUGCCUUAAAUAAUCAACGUCAUUUCAACAAAAUAUUAUUUAUCUUGACCAGAUGAGUUGUUAUAACUUAUCAAAAUAGUUGAAAUAAGUCAACUUCAUUUUCUAAGUUGUGGCAGCUAAUCUUUACCUAAGAUAAACAGAAGUUGAAAUUACUUGUAAAUCCAAGAUGGUUAAACUUAAAAGUUGGUUAGUAAUAAUCCAGCAUUUUGUAGCAUGUACAGUAUAAAAGUAAUAAUAGUUUAAAAGUAAUAACAUGAUCUGGACAUUUCCUUGACAGUUUUUGUGAGAUUCACCGUGAGAAAUUCAUUAAUUGUUUAAGCGUUAUGUUUGUGUGUUAGUGAAGAUCGGCCGAUCAUUCUUACAUUAUGAACUUUUCUAAAUCCUCUAUAUUCACAUUCAUGAUGGAGAUAUGAAGAUUAAAGUUUGAUGAAUGUCUUAGGUGAGGUUAAGGAAACAUUUACACAUUUAUUAUCUACAUUCAAUAUUAGUUUAACAUACACAUAAUGUCCUUGACAUGUCUGUUUAUUUUCUGGGUUUGUUAGUGGAAUAGAUUUGUACUGAUUUGUUUGCAAAGACAAUAUUUACAGCCACCAGCAGUGUGUGUCUUUAUCUCCAACUAUAAUAACUUGUCAAAAUGCAUACGAACAUGUUUUGACAUUAAUGUGUUGUAUUGUAGGUUUAUGAUUUCGAUCAUUCGAGUUGAUUGUUUUUUAUUAGGAAUCUCCAGAAUUAAUUUUAACUCAUAAUCAUCAGUUUAUUUCACAGGUUAGACAUUUAGUUAUUUUAUUUUUUACUUUGUUUUAAAUUUAUUUGCACAUAUAGUCUUUCAUUAUUGUUUUUUGUUUUUUAGCUUUAACUUAUGAAUACUGAAAGUUAAGUUGUGGGUCCUUCUUUAAAGUAACCAAAAUAUUUAUGUGAAAACUCACUUUUCUCUUCAAUCAAAAUCCGUUUGAAUGGUAAAGAUACAGAUUUAACACUAAUCUGAAUUAAACAGUACAGCAGGAAUGUCAGGAGUAUGAGUUAAUAAAUGAAUGAUAUAAUCUAUGAAGAACUUGAAGACGGUUAAAUACUGUAUAUUCUUUUCAUUGUGUCAUUAUUUUCAUCCCAAUCCCAUUUACCUCCUCAAUACUUUACCAUAGUAACAGUAAAAUGUGCUAGCAUGCAAAUAUGUUUACGACAGGUUUUACGAGAUACACCCGGAUUUCAGGUUUGAUCACAAAGUUAAAUAACAUUGAAAUGUUGAGCAUUGUUUGAAGAGACGGAUUGUAAAGGAAUGUGAAAUGACUCGUGUGAAAAUGCUACUAAUGUAGUCUUAUUAACUUCUUAUAAUUAAAUUAAUUUGAUGACAUGACCAAA